CUGACUGAGCAGAGACUGGGGCUCGCUUGGCUGGAAGAACAUUAACGUCGUCCUCUCAAAUGUGCCAAUGCUGAUUAUGUCUGUGUGCUGGAAUUAUUUCUCCCUUUUUUUACAUAUACUUUUUCAUUUUCUGAAUUUUUAUACAGUAAUUAUUACCCUUAUAACUUAAAUUUUUUUCAGAAAGUCACCCUCUGCCCUUAUCUUGCAGUCGUGCUGUAAAGGCCUGUGUGUGUGUGUGUGUGUGUGUGUGUGUGUGUGUGUGUGUGUAUAAAGAACUCGCAUAAACAGCUCUGCUAAUCAUAGACAGAAUACAAGCAGCAUUAACUCUGAAACUCUAAAAGGGCAGGUUAUACUACUGAUACUAUGACUUUGGCCAAGGCUUAAAAAACAAAACCUACUUGUCAAUGACUCUCUGGGUUAAUUUAAGGACUAAGGGACUUGAUAACAAUUACCAUUAAUUUCACACAAUGAGCUCUUCACAAGAAUCAACUUUCGAAGCUUUAAGUAAAUUAUAUCUGCUGCCUUGGUAAAUCUGCAUUUAUGUAAAAUACAGAUUUUUAUAAUAUCAAUAUAAAAUUGACUGGUUUGGGGUAAUUUAAAACAGGCAAAAGGAGAUUUUCAACGCACAAAACAGAGAAAUACUGAACCAAAGAAAUGCUAAAUACAAUUAUUUCCUUUGAAAUAGCAAGCUAACACAACUAUUCUAGCUAUACUGGGCUACUUGUAAUGUAUUAUUUCCCCCCAAAGCAGACGCAGUCCAUCAUCCCCAUCCACCUGGCCGCGGAAUACCGCACACAGAGUUUGCUCUGUUUGUUAGAACAUGGUGCAGACCCAGAAAUAAGGGGCACAAGAGGCCGCACCACGCUCCACCUGCUGCUCCUGCACUGGCCCAUCACCUCCACCCCGUAGACGAAGCCAGGGAACAGAAUCCAAAGGACCCGGACGGACAUCCAGAACAACGCAGUCCGUCUCCGCAGUGUGUGCGAACACGGGGCCCAGGUGAAUGCGCGAGGGGACAGCAGCAGGCACUCCCCGCUGCACCUGGCCGUCACGGGCGGGACCUACCCGGUUCUCUGCAUCCUGGCCCCGAACGGUGCCCAGGGCAACGCCAUACACGAGUCCAGCAUGACACCCCUGCACGUGGCUGCAGAUACACCCGAUAAGGAGAUGGUGGAGACGCUCAUGGCCCACGGGGCGAACGUCAACUGCGCCGUCUCCUCCACAGGCAACACGGCCCUGAAGCUGGCAGUGUGCGCCGCGUCAAGCAAGGCCGGCCGGCGGCGGGCCGCGGGCCUGAGCUGCAUCCACCUGCCAAAUCCCCAGGACCAUGAAGGUCAAGCCACGAUCCACGAGGCGUGUUUUGGAGGCAGAGAGGCAAUAAUCGAUCUCUUGCUCGAACUUGAAGCCAAUGUUAACAUAUUAACAAGAAAUGGGGACUCUCCAAUCCGUAUGUACCUUCAGCGCGGUUCAGUGAGAGACAUGGCACUGCUCACCAGGCUGCUUUACCACUCUUCUCCUUUGAGACUGACCAAUAACCAGGGAAUUCUACCUGCAGGAAUCAUGCUCCCAGAACUCCACCUCCUAAGGGAAACCCUAAUAAAGUUAUCUCAAAAACCCUUAACCCUAGAGGACAACUGUAAAAGAAAUGUCAGAAAUAUUUAUGGGGAGAAACACAAACAGCACUUGAAGUGACUUCUCCCAGCGAACAUCUGGAAUUCUGUGUAUGGUUCUUAUGAUUUAGCUCACCUCCUGAACUAAGAUCUCAAAGUUGCACAGAGCCACAGAACUUCAGUAACUCACGUCGCACUUGCUGGCUGGACGUGCACCCAGGAAAUACUUAACCCAGCCCCUUGUACAUCCCGAAUGUACAAACUACUGGUUCUUAAACCUUUUUCAAAAAAUAAAAUGAUUUGCACAUUAACUUUUUCUUCCUAAAUAGUCUUUUAAAUGCAUUUUCCAUGAUUUAAUUUUUGCCCCAAAAGUAAGUAAAUUACUUUAAAACUCUCAGCCAAAGCAGUAAAUAUAUUUUCUCUCUCGCGCGCUCUCCUUUUUUUUUUUCUGGCCAUGCCGCACGGCUUGCGGGAUCUUAGUUCCCCAACCAGCGACUGAACCCACACCCCCAGCAGUGAAAGCAUGGAGUCCUAACCACUGGACUCCAGGGAACUCCCUAUUUUCUCUCUUUCUGGAUAGUCUUUUAUAAAAAUUGGAAUAGUCAUUACAGGUUUUUAAAACAGCAGAAAAACACUUCCCAUGUUAAAUUUCUUUUAAGAGGGAUAAUUACAGAAACAGAUUUUACCUCCAAGGCAGAGAUGAGUAUUUUCGUCAGCAUGAAAUACAUUUAGCGUCAUCAGUUAUAUCCGUACUCAGAGCGCACUUACUACCCGAAAACAGCUAGAAUUUUCGAAUGCCCAAAGAUUACUCCCUUUUGGGCUUCCCUGGUGGCGCAGCGGUUGCGCAUCCGCCUGCCGAUGCAGGGGAACCGGG